AUCACCUCCCAUUACUUCACCUCUACAUCUUCACUACUCUUACACACACAUCCUCUGCCAUCUACCACCACCCUCCGCUGCCAAUGGAAGCCAGCGCGGGGCUUGUUGCCGGUUCCCACAACCGGAAUGAGCUCGUUGUCAUCCAUGGUCAUGAAGAGCCUAAGCCUUUGAAGAAUUUGAGUGGCCAAGUUUGUGAGAUAUGCGGGGACGAGAUCGGACUGACGGUGGACGGGGAGCUUUUCGUCGCUUGUAAUGAGUGUGGUUUUCCGGUGUGCCGGCCGUGCUACGAGUACGAGAGGAGAGAGGGAAGCCAACUGUGCCCCCAAUGCAAAACCAGAUACAAGCGCCUUAAAGGGAGUCCGAGGGUGGAGGGAGAUGAUGAUGAGGAAGAUAUCGACGACAUUGAACAUGAAUUCAACAUCGAUGAGCAGAAAACUAACACAAGUAUUGCUGAAGCCAUGCUUCAUGGGAAGAUGAGGUAUGGAAGAGGACCAGAAGAUGACGACAACGCCCAAUACCCACCCGUUAUAGCCGGUGGCCGCUCCCGUCCGGUUAGCGGAGAAAUCCCGAUUUCGAGUCAUGCUUAUGGGGAGCAAAUGAUGGGAGCUUCUUUGCAUAAGAGGGUGCAUCCGUAUCCAUCCAUUGAUGGUCCUGGAAGUGGAAGAUGGGAUGAUAAGAAAGAGAUGGGAUGGAAAGAAAGAAUGGAUGAGUGGAAAAUGCAGCAAGGAAACUUGGGGCAUGACAAUGAUGACUUUGCUGAUCCGGACAUGGCGAUUGUAGAUGAAGCAAGACAACCACUGUCGAGGAAAGUCCCAAUUGCAUCAAGCAAAAUCAAUCCUUAUCGGAUGGUAAUCGUGACUCGGCUAGUGGUGCUGGCCUUCUUUCUCCGUUAUCGAAUCUUGAACCCCGUGCACGACGCCCUUGGCCUCUGGCUCACUUCUAUUAUAUGUGAAAUCUGGUUUGCCUUUUCAUGGAUCCUUGAUCAGUUCCCUAAAUGGUUCCCCAUUGAUCGCGAGACUUAUCUUGAUCGCCUUUCCCUCAGGUAUGAGAGGGAAGGUGAGCCCAACAUGCUAGCUCCAGUAGAUAUAUUUGUCAGUACAGUCGACCCUAUGAAGGAACCGCCCCUUGUUACAGCUAAUACUGUUCUCUCAAUAUUGGCAAUGGACUACCCUGUUGAUAAGAUCUCAUGCUACAUAUCUGAUGAUGGUGCCUCGAUGUGUACCUUUGAAGCGCUAUCAGAAACAGCAGAAUUUGCUCGAAAAUGGGUUCCUUUCUGUAAGAAAUUUGCUAUAGAGCCACGAGCCCCAGAGAUGUACUUCAGUGAAAAGGUUGACUAUCUGAAGGACAAAGUGCAGCCAACUUUUGUCAAGGAGAGAAGAGCUAUGAAGAGAGAAUAUGAAGAGUUCAAGGUCAGGAUAAAUGCAAUGGUUGCAAAAGCCACAAAAGUUCCUCCAGGAGGGUGGAUCAUGCAAGAUGGGACGCCUUGGCCUGGAAACAACACCAAGGACCAUCCUGGUAUGAUUCAAGUGUUUCUAGGCCAAAGUGGAGGCCUUGAUGUGGAAGGACAUGAACUUCCUCGCCUUGUUUAUGUUUCGCGUGAGAAGAGGCCUGGUUUUCAGCAUCACAAGAAGGCUGGUGCAAUGAAUGCUCUGGUUCGUGUCUCUGGUGUUCUUACCAAUGCUCCGUUCAUGCUUAACUUGGACUGUGAUCAUUACAUAAACAACAGCAAGGCAGUGAGAGAAGCAAUGUGUUUCUUGAUGGAUCCACAAGUUGGGAAGAAGGUUUGUUAUGUUCAGUUUCCUCAGAGAUUUGAUGGAAUUGACAGAAAUGAUCGAUACGCUAACAGAAACACAGUCUUCUUUGAUAUAAACAUGAAAGGUCUAGAUGGGAUUCAAGGUCCAGUCUAUGUUGGAACAGGAUGUGUUUUCAGAAGACAAGCCUUAUAUGGUUAUGAACCUCCCAAGGGUCGUAAGCGUCCCAAAAUGGUCAGCUGUGAUUGCUGCCCGUGCUUUGGAAGCCGCAAAAAGCUUCCAAAAUACUCUCAGAACGGUGGGAAUGGUGCAGCAGAUAUUCAAGGAUUCGAUGACGAGAAAGAGCUUUUAAAGUCUCAGAUGAAUUUCGAAAAGAAAUUUGGACAAUCACCUAUAUUCGUGACUUCAACUUUGAUGAUUGAAGGUGGCGUUCCACCUUCCUCAAGCCCUGCAGCUUUGCUUAAGGAAGCCAUUCAUGUUAUAAGUUGUGGAUAUGAAGACAAAACAGAAUGGGGUACAGAGUUGGGUUGGAUUUACGGCUCGAUCACAGAAGAUAUCUUAACAGGUUUCAAGAUGCAUUGCCGUGGCUGGAGGUCUAUUUAUUGCAUGCCCAAAAGGCCUGCAUUUAAGGGAUCUGCUCCAAUUAAUCUGUCUGAUCGUCUCAACCAGGUGCUGCGGUGGGCUCUGGGUUCUGUCGAAAUAUUUUUUAGUCAUCAUAGCCCUGUCUGGUAUGGCUAUAAAGAAGGAAAACUCAAGUGGCUUGAACGAUUUGCAUAUGUUAACACGACUGUCUAUCCCUUCACUUCCCUACCCCUUCUUGCCUACUGUACCCUCCCUGCCAUCUGCUUGCUUACUGGAAAGUUCAUAAUGCCAGAGAUAAGCACCUUUGCAAGUCUCUUCUUCAUUGCUCUCUUCCUCUCCAUUUUUAUCACGGGUAUUCUAGAACUAAGGUGGAGUGGAGUUAGCAUUGAGGAAUGGUGGAGGAAUGAGCAAUUUUGGGUUAUUGGUGGUGUGUCUGCUCACCUCUUUGCUGUUAUUCAGGGCCUACUGAAAAUCUUGGCCGGAAUAGACACAAACUUUACAGUCACAUCAAAGGCAUCAGAUGACGAGGAUUUUGGCGAGUUAUAUGCCUUCAAGUGGACAACACUCCUAAUCCCUCCGACGACCAUUUUGAUAAUAAACUUGGUUGGCGUUGUGGCCGGAAUUUCUGAUGCCAUAAACAAUGGGUACCAAUCAUGGGGUCCCCUAUUUGGGAAACUCUUCUUUGCCUUUUGGGUGAUUGUACAUCUGUAUCCAUUCCUUAAAGGUCUGAUGGGUAGGCAGAACAGGACCCCUACUAUUGUUGUUAUAUGGUCUGUGCUUCUAGCCUCCAUCUUCUCUUUGCUUUGGGUUAGAAUUGACCCCUUCAUACUGAAAACGAAGGGACCUGACACCAAGCAAUGUGGGAUUAAUUGCUGA